AUGCGAGGUGGACUCUUCCUUAGUCAAAGUACUUAUGUUGGUGAAAUUAUUGCUCGAGCAGGCAUGGCCUCGUGCAAACCCUCUGCUACUCCAGUUGACACCAAGCAGAAGCUCAGUACCUCCGUCGGCACUCUGUAUGAAGAUCCCACCUUAUAUCGGAGUCUUGCAAGAGCCUUACAGUAUCUUACUUUCUCCCGCCCCGACAUCUCUUAUGCUGUCCAGCAUGUGUGUCUUCACAUGCAUGCUCCCUGUAUCAACCAUAUGCUUGCCCUCAAAUGCAUCUUGCGCUAUAUUCAGGGGACCCUACACUAUGGUUUGCAUCUUCAUCCUUCUCUUAUUGAGAAACUUGUCUCCUAUACUAAUGCUGAUUGGGGUGGAUGCCUUGACACUCGUCGUCCUACCUCCGGCUAUUGUGUGUUUCUUGGUGACAACAUCAUUUCAUGGUCUUCCAAGAGGCAACCCACACUUUCUCGCUCUAGUGUAGAAGCUGAGUACAGAGGUGUUGCUAAUGUGGUUUCUGAAUCUUGUUGGCUUCACAAUCUUCUCUUGGAGCUUCGCUUUCCACUAUCUCAGGCUAAUUUGGUCUACUGUGAAGAUGUUAGUGCCAUCUACCUUUCUGGUAAUCCAAUACAACAUCAGCGUACUAAACAUAUUGAGAUGGACAUUCACUUUGUUCGGGAGAAGGUUGCUCGUGGCCAGGCACGCGUCCUUCAUGUUCCUUCUCGUCACCAGAUUACUGACAUCUUCACCAAAGGCCUACCACAUGUUCUAUUUGAUGAUUUCCGGACUAGCCUAAGCGUCCGUGAACCUCCCGCUUCGACUGCGGGGUGUGAUAGAAUAAAACAUUCUUGUCAUUAA